GAUAUCACAGACGCACCGGUCAUUCAAUCGGUCGAUCGGACUAGCCACCAGCGAUAACGAGCCAUAGGCGAUGAGACGGUUCCAGAGAUCAGGGUUGCUGGCGGCCAGCUUCGUGGUGUUUGCGGCGAGCGCCGGGCGCGGUGCCGAUGAUGGGAACUUGAGCAUGGCGCAGGUCAAUGCGGAUUGCAAGAACGUCCAAGCUGGACAUUACACCUUCGACCUGUCGAAGCUCCCCUUUCCUGUAGACAUCAAGUCGAGUGAGGACACCCCACCGACAAUGACGACGACGCAGAUCAGUAUGAAUCUGUGUGACCUCCUGCCCCAUGAGGCGGUACCAGACGACGAGCAGUGUCCCAAGGGAGCAAGGGUGUGCAUGAAGGUCAUCAAUGAGAAAAAGGGUCAGCCGGACAGAGUCACGCAGGUCAUCUCUACCGCCGCGGCCGAAGGCGACGAUGCGGAUGCAUUCAAGUGGAGCACCGAUCUCGGCCGGUCGCUUGAGGGCAGUGAGAAGGCGUUGUCGCUCGAUAUGAAAGGACUGAUGUAUGGCGAAAAGAGGCAGAGGACGCAGGUUCAGCUUUUGUGUGACCGUACAAAGGCACCGGACGCAAAGCCAGAGUUUGACAAGUAUGACAGAGAGGACGGGCUGCUCAAAAUCACCUGGGCGACACCGCAUGCAUGCGCCGUGAGCAUGGGAGGCCGAAAAGGCGCUUCUGGCGGGAAUACGGGUAGGGGAGGAGACGGGUCUGGAAGCUCUUCAGGUGGUGGAGUCUUGUCUUCCUUCUUCUCCUGGUUCUUUUUCCUCGUCUUCGUUGGAGGUGCAGCAUACCUUGCCAUUGGGCUCUGGCGGAAUUAUAACGAAUACGGCGUCAUCGAGCUGCCAAACAAAGACUUUUGGAGAGAGGCACCGUACAUCGCACAAGACAUGGGCAGACAUGUCUACCGCACCGUCUCAGGCCAAGGGUCAGGGCGGGGAGCCUAUGAGCCGGUCUGAAGUAGGGUUCCUAUUCAAUUACCAGUCUGUAUUUUCCGUUCGUAAACACGAUUACCCUGACGUUGAUGACGACAAUGUCCUUUGCAAUUGAG